AUGCCUCUCUUUAAGACCCCGAGUAAACUUGUCGUUGCCGUUGACUUCGGCGAAACAAAUUCUUCAGUCUCCUACGCCCUUCUCCCUAGAGGAAUUCACCCAGAACGCCCUCAUCUGGCCGUCAGGACAGUUCGGGCAUACCCAUAUGAGAUAUCAAUGCAAAGAGGGACUUCGAUGUCCUUGGAAGUCCCAACGCUGAUGCGAUACCCCAACGACUGGGUUUUUCGACCUCUGGAUGAGCUAAGGAGCGAACCACCAGGUACUAUCCGUCCGGGGAAUGACCGGGUACAAUGGGGAUUCCAAGUGCAGCAUCAUAUGGCAAAGGUUAUGUCACAUUCUGACAACACACACUCUCUGCUGUACGGAUUUAAGAAUCUUAUGAAUCAAUCAGAAAAUCACGAAAUUCAGAACCCCCAACUCGUCGAAACUCUCCUCCGACUAUCCAAGAAUGGUCCUUACUCAAGGCAGAUCUCCCUUCACAAGAUGGUGCUUUUGGUGACCAUUGACUACCUAACAAACUUGCUCAGUCACGCUAAGUCUGAGAUUACAGAGAGCACCAUUAUUACAUCUACAGAGUUGGUCAUUUGCGUCCCAGUGAUUUGGAGACAAAGUGCACUGCGAGAUAUGCAAACAUGUAUCGCUAUCGCCGCAAAGCGCGUCAAUUUCCCAGGUGUUGACUUUGGCUACGACUGUGUCACUAGAGUGUUUAUGAUAACAGAGCCAGAAGCUGCAGCUACGUGGCUACUCUCUGGCCUUUCAAUAAUCGAGGAGGGAGACGUUUUCACGAUCCUUGACGCAGGCGGAGGUGGCGUAACUUUAGAAGGCCACAUCCGCAAGUUGGCAGUCCAUGACUUUGAGUACCUCGUCAAGCCUGGGUGGGUUGUCUCUCAGAAAAGCAAAGAUUUGGAGUUCGAGGUCUUCGGGCUUCGGUCCGACCCCGGGAGUCGGAACCAGGCGAGAGACGAUCAACCACCUUGCCCUAAUCGACUGACAAUACAGGCUGAGAGAUUGAACAGCAUCUACAGACAUGUAUGUGAAGAGGUGUCUAUGCUUGUGACGAAGCAGCUACAAGCCACGGCACAACGUGGCCUGAUACCCGACCAUGUCGUCUUGAUGGGCGGCUUUGGGGAAUCAAAGCCCUUACGAGCUCAUCUCCGCAAGGCGCUGGCAAGCUUCAACGAUGCACACGAUUCCGAUACUGCCUUAUAUGUCCCCGACGAGCGGGAGCGGCUCACAACAAUCGAUGCUGUUUCCUCGGGGGGUGUUCUAAGAGCUCUGAACAAGCUCUACGGCCCUACUAGAAUCGCAGGUUGCAGCUACGGUAUCCGUUAUGAUGAGCCCUUUGAGCUUCCCAAGCAUGCGGGACAGCCGAGUAUCGAGGGCUUUGAGAUGAAACAGGAGCUAUUUGGUCAAGACAUCCCGCCAUCGUUCCAGACAUCGGCAUCGCGUUGCCAAAUGUUCCCUUUCUGGAACGAUGAUGGUACAAUCAAAGAGGGGCCCUUUAUUUGCCAGGAGGAAAUAUGGGUUUCAGAUGACACCUACCUAGACCACCAUAUUUAUCUACACGAGCUUAUCACUAAGGGUGCUCAGAAAGUUGGUGUUCUCAGGACAGAUGUCGCGCACCUACUACGCCGGCCGUUGCUGUUUGCGAAAGGGGGAGUGCAGGACCCUAGUGACAAUCGCCCCAUGGAUUUAUACUGGAAGGUCCCUUAUGAGUUGGUAUUGACCAUUGACGGCCUAAACAUGAAAUGUGUUCAACUUUUCAACGGGCAUCAGAUUGGAGAACUGAAGGUGGGCAUCGCGCCAGGAUUCACACCAGGAGCCAACUGA